AUGUCCUUCAACAAAGAAUCAGAUAAAUCUUUAAAAUUCAAGACCUCUAAGAAAUUGAAAAUAUGUUCAUCGUUUGAAUCUAUGAACUUAAACUCAGAGUUACUUCAAGGUAUAUAUAACUACGGAUUUGAAGCACCAUCUGCAAUUCAAUCUAGAGCCAUAUCACAAAUUAUAUCAGGGAAGGAUACUAUUGCACAAGCACAAUCAGGGACAGGUAAAACAGCUACAUUUACCAUUGGUCUUCUUCAAGUUUGUAACUUUCAUAAAUCUGAAUUACAAUGUUUAAUAUUAUCUCCAACUAGAGAAUUAGCCUCUCAAAUUAACCAAGUUGUAGGGAAUCUAGGUGAUUAUUUAAAUGUGAAGAGUGCAGCAAUUGUAGGUGGUACUACAUCGAUGGAUAGUAAAUCUAAAAACAAUUUAAAUUUACUACGUAAAAAUAAAUGUCAUGUGGUUAGUGGUACACCGGGUAGAGUAUUGGAUUUAAUUAAAAAGCAAGUCAUAAAUACAAAAAAGGUCAAGAUUGUGGUCCUUGAUGAGGCUGAUGAACUUUUAGGUGAAUCGCUCGGUUUCAAACAACAAAUUUAUGAUAUAUUUAAACAUCUACCUACUAGUUGUCAAGUUGUUGUAGUGAGUGCAACUUUAAAUAAAGAUAUUAUAGAGGUAACAAAAAAAUUUAUGACAGAUCCAGUAAAAAUUUUAGUUAAACAAGAUGAAAUUUCAUUGGAAGGUAUUAAACAAUUUUACGUUAAUGUUGAUAAAGAAGAAUGGAAAUUUGAUACAUUAUGUGACUUGUAUGAUUCAUUGAGUAUCAACCAAUGUGUAAUAUUUUGCAAUACAAAAAAGAAAGUUGAUUGGCUCUCAAGUAAAUUAAUACAAUCUAAUUUUUCUGUGGUAUCAAUGCAUGGAGAUAUGAAACAAGAAGAUAGAGAUAAAGUGAUGAACGAUUUUAGGUCUGGGCAUUCUAGAGUUUUAAUAUCAACUGACGUGUGGGCCAGAGGUAUUGAUGUUCAGCAGGUAUCACUUGUUGUCAAUUAUGAUAUCCCAGAAAAUAUGGAAAAUUAUAUACAUCGUAUUGGUAGAUCAGGCAGAUUCGGAAGAAAAGGUAUAGCUAUUAAUUUCAUCACAAGAGAUGACGUAAAAUUAUUGAAGCAAAUUGAAAAAUUUUAUAAGAUUAAGAUAAAAGCAAUGCCAGCUAAUCUUUCCGAUUUAUCAUAA